AUAUAAAAAUCAUAUAAUGAUGUAAUUCUUGAAUCCAGUUUCUGCACACAGACGCCAGGGGGAGACAUUUAGCUACUAAUAAAACUAUGGUGGGCUCAAACACAGCCCAGACCCAUAUUUCAUGAAUGUUAUUUCUGACAUAAAUUGGACACUUAGGAUUAAAAAGCAAGCAAAAAAAAAAAGAGAUAUAUUCAGGAGACUGAUAUCGUUGCACACUUGUACAUCUUCAAAUAUUUUGUUACAUGAGUGCAGUUAAAAAGCCAAUGAUUUGUGUACAAUGAGAUAUAUUUUUGUUUUUUAAAUAAUAAUUUACUUCAGUCAUAGCUUUUGCUUUAAGAACGAGCAAUACAUUCAAUUUUAUUUCAGGAUUCUUCCAAAGGGUGGCUAGGCUAGGCUAAGCUAAUACUGUCACUACAAUCAUUCACACCUACCCGAGUUUUUUUUUCUCUCUCUUCAGGUUAGCAGCCUCCAAAACAAAGUAAUUGUUAACUGGAAUUAUGUUCUUUGUAAAUAAAAAUGGGUUUCUGUGAACACAACUUUCUGACAAAAAAACCUUGUAUAAUAGGUCUGGGAAAUCUGUGCCUUUCCACCAACUAACAGUUGAUGAAGUAAUUGGUGCUUUUGGAUUAGCUUGCAGCCGCCUGCUGGUAUACUUAGCAUACUGAACAACCAGAAACAGCUGCAGUAAAAAGAAAACAGAAAUGCAGUCCUAUUGUUAACUUCUUCGUCCUGGACACUGUCUUAUGGGAUUUUUGGUAUCGCAUCAGGAUUAUUGGUACAAACAAUUUGGCUAACUUCACUGUAACAUAUAUUACCAAUUAGCUUAAAUUGCUAUCAGGCUAAUGCCAUGUUGCAGGUCUGGGCCAAAUAUGCUGAAAACUGAUUGAUACUGGUCACUGGACGGUCGAUCAAUUCUUCUAAUUUUUUUAUUUAUAUACCUUGGACAGUUCCUAUGCUCAGUGUAGCCUCCAGUUAACUUGCAGUCCAGCAGCCUGUGGACUUUGGGAGGAAUCUGUAGUCAAACUACUGCAGCUAUCAAACUGGUAUUCCCUAUGCUGUGAGGCAAGAACACUCACCACCUUUCCACCAUGUGGCGCUCCAGGCUGCAGCCUCAGAAAUAAGAGGCCCCAUGUAACCUAAUCGAUUUGUGAGGAGAGAGGCAGACUUGGUCCAGGCUCACUGUGAUACGACUCUCUGUGUCAGACCAAGUACCCAGAAUAGCCACUGAGUGUCUGCUGAGGAGAUGGAGGAGGAAGUCAGAGGUGGAUUUAUAACAACUGUUGCUUUUGUUGCUGCUGCCUCUGCUGCUGCCGCCGCCGCCGCUGCUGCUGCUGCGGAACCAAACUACCGUUUCAGUCGGCGCCGUGUGGCGCAGGUCGGGCUAGAAUGAAGAAGUCUCGUGCAGUCUGGAUCGGUGUGCAAGUUCACGGGAAUGUAUGAACUCCUGCCCGUUUUGAAGCUGUAGCGGGCUCCAGACUUCAGACCAGAGGCGCAUGUCUGCAGCAGAGACAGACGAGGAGCGUCUGUCUGAUGAAAAGAAAGACAAGCCAGACGGGGCUGUGCUGCGAAGACAGACUGCGGUGAUCGGAUAACCUGUUGAAUUACAGCUGUCACUCAGCGCCAACGCAGGCAAGCAGAAAUCACUCGAACGCCAGAAACACGGCGCUUUGGCCACAUUUACAACAAAAGUGUCUUCAUCUUCAUCUUCAGCUGCUUCAGCUUCAGCUGCUGCUGUUGAUGAUUGUUUGCAGAGAUGCUGUGUUGUUGCCUGUCAGGUAAACGCUCCCUGUUCUUAGCGCCUCCUGUCUGUACAUCUGCAGCACAGACUUCCCACUAAUUGGAGUAGAGAAUAAAACUAGACCAGACUGUAAAAACAGUAUGAAUGAGAGCAGACAGAGUUCAACUGAGAUUUUAUUUAAACAUUUUUUUAACCCUUUAAUUUUUUUCCGGGACAUUUAAUUGUGGACCACCGCAGCUGUUCAUCCAUCACACGUUUUCGUUGCCUCGCUCGUGAAUUCACACAGGGACAAUAUUACAUGUAUGCAUGUCAGUGACAUCACACUUCCAGUCCUUUGACUGUUGAAAAUAGCUUGGCUGCUCCCUGCCGCUAUGGCUAAUUCCUUGGAACCGGUGGAUCCAGUUUGAUCCAUCCCUCUCUUUCUUUUUCCUUCCCUAACCAACUUGUUGAGUCUUCUCCCUCGGUGUUCCUACUGUAAAAGUUCACUGCGUGUUCAGCUCGGCUGACGACUCGGGGACUUGUUGGGAAAUGUCACCAACUUGAAACAAAGUGAAGUCGUUGUCGAUUUCGGAGGGGAGACCCGACGGCGGGCGCGCGCAGAGGAGUCUUUGACGCAGCGGCAGACACCUGGAGGUGGAGACAGCACACUACACCCUCCCUCCGUCCAUAACCAGACAAGCUUUACUAAUUACCAACCAAUUUUGCACGAGGGAGACUCCUGAAGUACUCCCAUCACACUUGAAAUGGAGGCACCUGAUGGCCACUGUGCAAGUAACGGCCAGUGCUCUCCUGGUAAGGAGAAUUCAAGAAUUUUGGCAGAUAUGUCUACGCCUAAUGGACAGACAGUUCCCCGGGGUGCAAAUUCCCCCGAUGACCUGAAAAUUAAAGAAGAGGAAGAAAUGGCGGAAGAGGGUGAAAACAGAAGCCCGGAGCUCGAAGUGAUCAGCCAAUCCAGGGAGGAGGGAGUAGUGAUGGAGGACUCCAUGAUUGGCAGCCCCAGCAACAUGCAGGAUGGAUUCACGGGACCGAAUGCGAUCGCCGAUGCAGGGAUCCGACAGCCUAAUGGUGAACGGCCGUUCCAGUGCCCCCAAUGUGGUGUCUCAUUCACGCAGAAAGGAAAUCUGCUUCGCCACAUCAAGCUGCACACAGGAGAGAAACCCUUCAAAUGUCCCUUCUGCAGCUACGCCUGCCGGCGGCGCGAUGCUCUCACUGGUCAUUUGCGCACACACGCUGUUGGAAAACCUCACAAGUGCAACUACUGUGGCCGGAGCUACAAACAGCGAACGUCUUUAGAGGAACAUAAAGAGCGAUGUCAUAGUUACCUUCAGGGAAUUGGUUUGGAUCCAGGUGCCAACACUGGCCCGUACCUAGGUGAUAGUUCUAAAGAGCCCCGGCCCAUGGCAGAAGUCAACUCUAUUGCCACCUUUGAUCGACCGCCUGUUAUUGAGAGGCUGCACAGCAACGUGGGCAAGAGAAAAAGCACCACGCCCCAGAAGUUUGUAGAUCAUCGUGUGCUCUUUUCCCGCGGUGCCUUUGGCAUUGAUACGUACAAUGAUGCAGUUGCCAAAAAACCCCCAAAACAUCACCUCGUUACAUUAUGCCAAAGAGGUCUUUAUUUUUAUCCAGGUGAGAAGAUUGUUCGCUCGAGCUACCCUGAGAUGGGCUACGAGAUGGGCAUUAAGUUUGAAAAGCAGAGUGAUAUGAUCCCACACAUAAUGGACCACAACAUCAGCAACGCUGUGACGUACUUGGGAUCAGAGUCACUUCGGCCCCUCUUACACCAUCCGGGUCCACCCAUCUCAUUGGCCGAGGUGGUGCCAAUUGUCAACCCCAUGUACCACCACGUCCUACCGCUAGGCCAGCGAACGGAGCACGCACGGAACUGUGAUUCACUGCCGCCACAUCCUGCCCAGUCACUCGACUUCCCCAGCCAUACAACCUCAAACGGCCCCACCGCUUUAUCCAGGCAGGGAAAGCCACACCAGUCAGGGCUAGCAGAGUCUCCUAGCAACAGCGGGGCUGACUCUGCUGACUCAGCACGCAGCAGCCCUCAGGAAAGGCAGGGAUUCCACAGGAGUAAUGUCCACCCCGGGCUCAGGCCCCAAGCAGGUCCAGUGGUAGUCGGUCCCAGCGAGCCGGCCGGAGCGAUGCCAAGAGUUGUGGCAGGAAUGGGGCCGGGGCUGAUGCGAGUGACUGCCGAGAGGCCCGUGAGCCACGACGGGGUGCGGGUGUUCGGACGAGACGGCCAGGAGGUGAGGGCCUUCCAGUGUGAGCACUGUCGAGUGCUUUUCCUGGACCACGUCAUGUACACCAUCCAUAUGGGUUGCCAUGGAUACAGGGAGCCGCUGGAGUGCAACAUCUGUGGCCACCGCAGCAAAGAUCGCUACGAGUUCUCCUCUCACAUAGUCCGCGGCGAGCACACCUUCCACUGAGCACAUACGUGGGCAUCAACGAGAAGAAUCAGAAGGGAUAUGAGCAAUAGUCUAAUAUCCACCGUCGUUUUCAGACCUCCGAGACUGUACGGCCAAUCAGCAGCGUACACAAGUGUAGCACAAUCAAAGACUUCUUUUUAAGCUUGUUGUGAAAUAUAACAAUCAAAUGAAGGUAUGGGCCAAAGACACAUUUUCUAUGUAUCUUCUUUAAAGUGAAUUAUGAAGAAAGGAAGUGUUUUAUUCUCUUUUAUUGUUGGUGUAUGCAUUUUUGUAUAGAGGAGCAGUCACAUGACUUCGACUAAGAUCAGUGGGUUGUUUUUUUUUGUCUCAGUGGAGAUGUCUAUUUUUACCAUUUAUUCAUUUUCCUUCAUGGACUCAAUGUGCUGCAAUGGUGGAAAAUGAAUUUAAAGAUCCUGAAUAUUAUUAUUAUUGUAAAAUAUCAUCCUUAUAAUAAUAAUAAUAUUUAAAUUAAAGGUUCUAUGCAGCUUUUUACUUGACUUAAAAUGCUAGAGCCAUGUUACGCAAAAACCAGUUGAAUACAGAUUGAUGUUUGUUGACCAUAGACAGUGACUGGAGAGGCUGAUGUUUUGUUAAAAUAAGGAAAAAAAAUUUAAAAAUUCAGUUUGACAAAUGACACCUUAUGUCAGUACAGUACAAUAUUUUGAUUAUAAAUCUUUAUAUUAUUUCAGCAACUAAAACCAGUGUGUUCAAUCCAAUAGAGCCAGUUAGGUCUUAGUCAAGGUCAAAAAGCAACAACUACCUCCUUCAAAUCACUUUGUAUUGAUUACAACAUCUGAGACAUUACCAAGGACAAAAAAUGUUUAUUAUUAUCGGGCAUAUUUUUGGCAUAAAAUUAUAACUUUUUUUAAGCUACCUUAUCUCUGACUAAUGAAGCAUUUUUAAUGAUAAAACGUCCAACAUACCACCCACUGAGGUUUUAAUAUAUUUCAUUUAAAAGAAGGAACAGUUGUCAAAAAUAUGAAACUAUCAUCUGCAAAGAAAUUGAUUUUGCAAAAAAUGAAAGGUUAAAAAGUUUUUGAAAGUUUAGUUCACAUUUUCAAGUUGAGUAACAUCACUGGAAACAUUAUGGUGGAGAAGAAAAAUGUAGAAAAUUGAAUGUUGAUGAUGAAUGAUUUUUUUUUUUUUGUGCUUACGAGGUGAAACUGUUAGUGAAAACAAAAAUAGCACUGAAGUAAAUUGAUGAAAUUCUUUGGCAUUCUUGCCGUUGUAGUACGACCAUAGAACAUUACAGUCUGUUGAUACUGAAGGACUUCUGUAUUCUCUGCCAUUAAUGACACAAAGUUUGUUUCAUUUACUUCUUUUUUUUCUGCAAACUCCAAAGUGAACUUUUGGAGUAGAGUCCAAAGCUUUAGUGAAAGUUUACGCAUAAAUGUACCUCACCUCUCUCUCUCUCUCUGUCUCUCUGUCUCUGUCUCUGAAUGGGUUUGUAUACGAAACUUUCAGACUUCGUCUUUCAGACAAUGGGCCGUUUGGAGUCUGCCUUAUUCGGUCCAGUUUUGAGCACAACCAAUGCCCACCCAAAUACGUCUGCCUUCUUUGCAGUCUGAUAGCGCACACAGAAAAAACGUUCUGGCAUUUAUUUUUAGGUUUUCCUAAAUGUUACUUUGUUUUGCUUAGAACAAAUAUUUGGGCUAAAACUUGAUACAACAAAUCCACUUCUACCACCAUGAACCAUGUCUUCCUCACACUCUCCUCUGAACUCUGAAGAUAGUAGGGCAGGGGGGCUGCAGUGAGAAGGAGGGGGGCACUGAGUAAAAACAUGGUUCUACUCUGAAGGCAAUUUUUAAUUGUUUUAAAGAUAUUGUCCUUUUGCUUCAGUACAUCGAAGGCUUUACGCACCUCAGUCGCAUCUUUCUCUACAGCUCCUGUCUGUGCUUGUGAAAAGACUCCGCGAACAAUUGUGCCGCGCACAGCUAGCCAUGCACUUUAUGUCUACUUCCUGCUUUAAGGUAUCGUGGCCUGUUUGUUGGUACGAGAAAACACAGGCAUUCCCUCGUUUGAAAAAGGAACAACAUUGUAAUUAUACACUGGUGAUAAAGAGUUAAAGCGAGCUCUUAACUCUCAUGAGCUAAAACCGUGUGCACGUGUUUCCAGUACUUUUUUGAAGUUUUACCCUGAUAUUUUUUUUGUUCAAAAUAUUCAACAUUUAAAAAAAAAAUAAGACAUUGAUAAUUGUUUAGACCGUGGAGCUGAGGCAGUGACUCCUCACACCACACAGCCGUAUCUAUGUCGUAAGGCGGUGAUCAUCAACUGGCGGCCCGUGGGACCAAUCUGGCCCACUGAACCGUCCUAUCAGGCCCGUGACUGGAUUCCAAAUUUGUCAGGACUGAGACCUAAAGAACCGUCAGUAAUCGACACCUUUUAUGACUAUUUGGGAAAAAAAAUUAUAAUUUGAUUUGAGGGUUAAGCUCCAAAGUUUUCUGCAGAAAAAUUCUCUCCCUCCCACAAAUAUAGUUAGUGACCCCUGGUUUACACCCUGAUGCAGUGACUCUCUCACACCACCCCACCGUAUGUAUUACACACAAAUAUAUACAGUAUAUUUUUCCAUCUAUGUGGUGAAGCAAAAGAAGAAAUGAACAUUUUAACACAUUUUUUUUUCUUUUUAAGAAACUACUGAAAGGUAACACAGUAGUACUUCAUUAUUUGUGUUGUGUGUGUAUAUCAUAUCUUUAUGCUCCCAUAAUAUAUUUGUAAAAAAAAAAAAAAAAGGGGAUCCCAGGCAGCCAGUCAGAGGUAGGAAGGAUCGGUGGCUUCUGUCGACCCUCCCUGUGAGUGACACGUUUACUUGAAAACCCAUAAUCCGUGGUGUUGUUGCAUAAGGGGAUGGUUUUGUAAAAUUUUAAAGCGAUUGUGCUUAAAUGUCUAUUUUUCUGCUGAUACACGUUUGUGAUUCUGUGUGUGUUUGUGUUUGUUUUUUAUUAUUUGAAAUAUGUUUACAAAAAUGUUAAAGACAGGGUUUAGGUACAAAUGUAUUUUUUAAGACGCAAUGAUGAUGUAUUAUUUUUGUCCCUGAAUAUGGACAUUUAUAGCAACCGCGUGCUGAUUGGUCAUCUCCGAUGAUGUAAAGUUUCCUGAUAUGAGGGCUCUCAGGUAUUUGUAACGGUUGUGUAUGUUUAAUGUCCUGCAAUAUGUAAUUUAUUUAUCACAGAACGCAAAUGAAUUCAGAUCCUCGGGUGAUGUUUAAUGACGUACAUAACUGCUGCACUGAAGGUGAAAGAAAUGAGCUCAGAAACACGCGCGACAGUACAUGAAGACGCCCGGCAGUGAAGAACACGUGUAUAUUUUGCAGUAAUGGGUUUCGGCCAAAUACAUGAUAGUGAUUUGUGAAAAUUAAAACAGGAAAAAAAGGCAUAUUGUUUAUUAUAAUUAUCGUUAUUAUUUUCCUCUUUCGAAUUGUAUCUGACUUCAAUUUUCAAAUUAAAAGAUUUUAUUGUGAAAA